CCUUAACUCGUUAUAUUGUAUCGAUUGUGUCUAUAAAGAUUGAGAAGCAGAAAUGGAAUCUACGUCUAAUAAAGAUGAACAAAAUAAUCAGGAAGAUUCAGAUUCUUCAGAAAUGGAUGAAAUUGAACCUCGAUUAAAAUAUGUUAGGAUACGUAAUGAUUUGGAACAUAUUCUGCAAAAUGACGCAGCUAGCUGCAUUGCUGUACAUCCAAAAUUUCUUUGUCUGGGAUCACAUUGGGGAAUGAUCCAUCUUUUAGAUCAUCAGGGAAACAAUAUUAAAUCUAAAAUGCUACAGGCACAUACAGUAGCAGUCAAUCAGAUAUCCAUAGACUAUAACGGAGAUUUUAUCGCCUCUUGCAGUGAUGAUGGAAAGGUUUUUAUUUAUGGACUGUAUAGUACAGAAAACAAUCAUAAUAUGAACAUGGGUAGACUAGUCAAGAGUAUAGCAAUUGAUCCAAAUUAUAAGAGUGGUAAUGGCAGAAGAUUUAUUACAGGUGAUGACAAACUAAUACUUUAUGAGAAAACUUUUUUGGCCAGAAUGAAGCCAACAGUGCUUUGUGAAGCAGAAGGUGGAGUCAGAUCUGUUGCAUGGUUUGGUCACUUUGUUGCAUGGGCUUCUGACACUGGCGUGAGAGUCUAUGAUCUAGAUGCUAGAUGCUCAUUGGGACUUAUUAAAUGGUCUUGUACCGCAGAGGCAUCACCAGAACACUACAGGUGCAAUUUGGAGUGGUCAGACGACAAGACGCUAUUGAUUGGAUGGGUAGACAUUGUCCGUAUUUGUCAUAUUAGGAAACGUACUAUGCAAGAAAUGGUCAAUCGUGAUUUGCCUGAAUUUGUAGUGGAUCCAGUUUUAUUUUUAGUGUCAACAUUUCAAGUAGAUUUUUAUAUAUCUGGUAUAGCACCAUUGAAGAAUCAGUUAAUAUUAUUGGGUUGCCUAAAGGAACCAGAUGAAGAUGGAAAGAAUCAACGUCCGACUCUACAUGUGGUUGAACCAAAAUAUCAAGAUUUCUCAGUAAUAUGUGCAAAUUCUCUUACCUUACGUGGCUACAAGGAAUAUAGCUGCAAUGAUUAUCAUUUGGAUUGUUUAAAAGAAGAAAACAGAUUUUUCAUUGUUAGCCCGAAGGAUAUUGUAGUGGCUAGUUUAUAUGAUACAGACGACAGAAUUGAAUGGCUAUUAAGCCACAGAAAAUUUGAACAAGCUUUAGAAGCUGUAACAGCAAAUAAUGGCAAAGAUUGCAAGAGGCAUACUGUAUUAGAUGUUGGACGUAUUUAUUUGGAUCAUUUAUUAGCAUGUGGAAAAUACGAUGAAGCUGGAAAACUUUGUCUCAAAGUUUUAGGUCGAAAUAAAAAAUUAUGGGAGGAAGAGGUUUACAAAUUUGCUAGAGUCCAUCAGUUGCGUUCAAUUUCAUCCUAUUUGCCUCGGGGUGAUGUUAUUCUCGAUCCAUUUAUCUAUGAAAUGGUGCUAUAUGAAUAUCUAAAAAUGGAUCCCGACGGUUUUUUACAAUUGGUCAAAGAAUGGUCUCCAAAUUUAUAUACAGUGGCGGCGGUAGUAAAUGGCGUAUUGGAACAUUUACUGGUUCACAAUCAACGACAGAACGUAUUACUAGAAGCGUUAGCCAUUUUAUACAUCCACGACGGCAAAUACGAUAAAGCGCUGGCUAUGUAUUUGAAACUGCGGCACAAGGAUGUUUUCCAAUUGAUCCAAAAGUAUCAGUUGUAUAAUUCGGUAUACGACAUGAUCGAAGGUUUGAUGGAUCUGGACACAGAACGUGCCAUACAAUUUUUUCUAGAAAAGGACAGAGUACCGUCUGACAUUGUUGUACAAAAAUUGCAACAUAAUCAUCGUUAUUUAUAUUUGUAUCUAGAUGCAUUAGAUAAGAGAGACACGAAGGAUUCAAAGGGAAAGUACCAUGGUCUUUUGGUACGAUUGUAUGCCGACUAUUCGAGAGAUAAGUUAUUACCGCUUUUACGUCGCUCUGAUAAUUAUCCGAUACAACAGGCUCUGGAUAUUUGUAACCAACGUCGAUUUUAUCCAGAAAUGGUGUAUCUGUUAGGUAGAAUUGGAAACACUUCAGAAGCUUUAGCGCUCAUGACAAGAGAACUCAACGACAUGGAAAGUGCAAUUGUAUUUUGUCAAGAACAUGAUGAUGAAGAGUUAUGGAACGAUCUAAUUAAUUACUCACUUGACAAACCUGCGGCUAUUACAUUCCUUCUUCAAAAAAUUGGCACUUAUGUUGAUCCUAGGCUUAUGGUGCAAAGAAUAGAACCUACUUUGGAAAUUCCAGGCUUAAAAAAAGCAUUAGUUAAAAUGAUGUGCGAUUACAAUCUGCAGGUGUCUGUGCAGGAAGGUUGCAAAAAAAUACUGUCUAACGAUUAUUUCAAUCUUCACGAACGACUUGUUCGUUGCCAUCAAAAUGGCAUAUUUAUCGAUGAUGAUCAAAUGUGUGGAGCUUGCCAUAGGAAAAUAAUUGUAAGAGAGCCACGAAAUAUAGUUGUAUUUUAUUGUAAGCAUUGUUUUCACGAAGAUUGUCUACCUAAUUUCGAUUUGGUUGAAAAUUGUGUGAUAUGCAAUUCGCAAAAAGAAAUAACACCUGGAAGAAAAUGAUAAAGAUCUUGCAAAAGCCACAGGGUCAGAUUAGUCUCUUGACAGAUAUCGACUUACGUCAAUAUCAGAUUGCAUUGCCAGUAUAUCGAUGGUGUUCUAGACCUUCAAUUUUCGGGCAAAUGCUUUGAAGUGCUGUAUCGUGAAAUCUACGACAUUAACAGGUUUUACUGAAAAAAAAUUGAUAAUGAAAAAUUAAAUACUACUUGUCGAAUAUUGAACAAAGUUUAUCUAGUAAAUGAAUUAAUUACCGACAAGAAGAAUCUGGAUAUAAUCCGCGAUUAGCUGCUUUAUUUCAGGAUGAUCCGCCAAAUAAUCCAUAUACCGAGUUGUAUCAUAAGACUGUUGAAAGAGAAACUUAUAUAAAAAUUUAUUUGUA